AUGACAUUGCAGUUGAGCUGGAAGCAGAACAAGUCAAAGCUUGUGGUCGCCCCCGAGAAGUCUGAUAAGGCAGGAAGCUCUGCACCUGAUGGCACGCAGCCAGAAGCAGCAGGUGACCAGCAACCAGAGAACACCGAUGCCCAGGAUGAGGUGGAGAGAUGCAAGGCAUAUGUAACCUCCUUCGGACCAGUGAUAGAGCUGCUUGAAGAGAAUGGCAAGUUUGGAUAUCGGUGUCGGGCUUGCAGGACGAGGAAGCAGCCUCUGGGGAAAGUGAACAAGUUGCCCAAAAUGAUUAUGAAGUCCGUGAAGAACUAUUUGGAGCAGCAUUUGAAUUGCCCCACUCACAUUGGCAAAGUGAACAUGAUGAAAGCAACAGAUGUGAAGCUAGACAGCGAGCGUCAGCAACCUCUGGAAUGCCCAGGGCUUUGUGUUUCGAACGCUACUGGCAGUAGCUUGUACCACUACCUGCCUGAGUUCAAGUUGUGGAUUUCGCACUCUCAGAUGUUAUCGAAUGCCAAUCAGCACACCUACACCUGCAAGUUGAAUGCCCAGGAAUGGUGGGUAAAACACCAAAACUGCCUUGGUCAGUACAUUCCGGGGGAUGAGGAUGAGAGCUCGCCUUGCUGCAAACAGUGUCGUACCCUUGGUGAACCACACAGCAUCCAGCGAAAGGUUGUGAAGUUUGCGACCAAGUUCUAUGCGGCCCAUUUGCUUCAGAGACGGCUCUUCUGCCAAGAGGAAUCUGUCACAGCUUUGCUGGAUGAAGUUGGUGCUACAACCUUUGCUCACAACAAUUCCAAACUUUGGAAAAAUGUGACUGAGCUGUCCAAUGCGGGGCUCCAAGCUCUGGUCCGACGAACUUGGGGAAGCAUGCCGCCACAAGCUCGAAAUGAUAUCGUGAAUGUUUUCUAUGGCACCGUGGUUGAACCCUGCACUAAGAUCCAUGUGGGAUCUGUGAGCUCCAACCUUGUCUGCCUUUCCUCUCAGUUUCUCGAUGCGCUCUCCAACAGGGAGAACAGUGAGAUGGAAGGCCUGAACGCCAAAAUCGCCAAGGCUGCAGUGACCGGUCGUUUAGACCGGAAUCCAUUUAUGCAAGGUCUUUUGGUUCAAUGCCUGCAUAGGAUCGAGAAAGAGGAGAGAGGCAUCAGCAGCAACAGAGGUCGGCGAAGCAAGUCGUGCUCGGAUGCGGAGGUGAAGUUGCUGGCUGAUGCGGCAUUGAGCCUAUCGAUUCUAUCAGGAAAUCAGACCCUUGCUAAGGAGCUGGGACAGAAAGUCACCAAGAUCACUGUGAAGCUGGAAGAACUGGCAGAGCAUGGCCUCCCAAACCCAGCAUUGUCUCGUAUGUUUCCAUCCCAGCUGGAGCAGAACUUCAUUCUGGUCGAUCAGCAGUUCCCUCGUGAUGACAAAAUGCCGGCUCGACGGCUCAUCCUGGCCAUGGAUGGGACUUAUCUGCAAAAGAGCCUGGUCCAAUGCCCGAUCAACCAGAAGGUUGGUCUGGUAGGUGGCUGCUGGUCUUCACAAGAUGAUUCCUCUGCCUUUCUGGACAUCGGAGUUCCAAUGAAGGGAAUCGAACGUGCAGCUGUGAUGAUGGAAUUCCUCACUUGGGAUCCUUGCGCCUACAAGCAGGAGACUUUUUCAGUCUCAGCUAUGCCGAUGUCCCUUAGUGCACCGAAGACGUCAGAGAAGGAGACGCAGACUCAUGCGGGCAACCGUGAGAUCCUGUUGACGAUGUCAAAGGUCUUGACAGCAGGGGCAUGGCUUGUAAAGGGGAUUGUGAUGGAUGGCCACCAUAGCCACCGGUACCUGAAGGAGUGUCUUUUUGGAUGGUUCGAAAAGUUUGACAAGGCUGAGCUGCAAGGCAUGGAUUUUUGGCGUGAUGUUUCUUACGAGGCCCGCCGAGCAGGCUUGCCACCAGCUGCCUUUCGCCGUGCGGAGCCCAUGAGUGACAGUCUCAAUGCAGUGCUGUUCAAUCCAUUUUAUGCCUUGAGAUCACCAGAAGUGGCUGGGAAAAUAGCAGAAGUGCCAUGGGCAACAAAAGGAUUCCUUAUCCUCAAUCUCUGCAUUGCCUUGACAACAGCUCCUUCGAACCACAGAUCCAUGACUGUUGAGAACAGAGCGGAGAACUGUAUGAGCGGAUUCCUCCUGUUGGAUUUGUUCCAGAUGUUGGCAAACCGGGAAGCAGCGAAAAGAGGCCUCCCCAAAGGAAGCUGCUUUUGUGCGCCUGAAACGGUGCGAAAUUUGCAGCAAUGUGCGCUGGGCAUCCUGGGUGUGUGCAUAUCAAAGGCAGUGAGAGGCAGCCCGUGGGCACGUGGGGAUCAUCGGCUUAGUGAGCUGGGAAUUGAACAUCACUUCGGACGACUUCGAAGUCAAUCUUCCACUGCUCAAUUAUCCACCAGAGGAUAUUGGCAGAGCAGCGCGCGGGACAUGCUCAAGCGCGCCAGGCGAACGAAGCCAGCGGCUGCUACUCGUUGCGCUGCGGAGGUUGUCCCGCCUUUGACUCAGGAUGAAUUCUACUCUUGCUCUGAGCGAGCUUACAAGUCAUCUCUGCGUCUUGUUGCUUUCUGCGAAGGCGUCACACCAGAAAGCCUUGAAGAUUCAUACGUUCGCUGGUGCAAAGACAAGGAGUACCUGAAGGAAGGCCCUCUGCUUGGGGAUGAAGAAGACCUUGAUCCGGAUUUUGUCCCAAGUGGCCUAGUCAAGGAGACUGGGGCCAAGGAAUUUCUUGAACAGAUGCAAGUGGAUGCAUCAUUGCAAGGAGAUUUGCCAGAGACCGAGGCUGAUCCCAAUGCCCAGGAGAUUGAACUCAAGUCAGUGCCAGAUGCUGACAUCUUGCUUGAUCUGAUGAGUGCGAAGUCGUCCAACCAUGACGCAGAUGACGUGCCUCCGCAGUCUCCCAGCAAGGGAACAUGUUCAACAGGCAUGGCAAAAAAUCUGCACCACGCUUUGUGGGGUUUGGGCUGUGGGGCUUCUGAGUCAGAAGUCUUUGACAGCAUUUGGCGCUUAUUGAUGUGGAACAAUCACAAGUUGAAGGAGUUGCGUGACGAGGAGGAUUCGGCAAUGUUCCGGCAACGCGCCUCACGUUUGGCGAAGUGGAAGGAGCUGGUGGAAGAUGCCGCAAAGGCCAAGUCCAUGACCCUGACCGGCCACGUGGCCAUUGUGCUCCUGCCGAACCAUGCUGGGAUCCGGUGUCCGACUGUGUGUCUAUGCUUGUCGGUUUGGACAUCAGUAAAAAAUCCAAAGCUUGCGACCAGUGCCGCUUCUCUGGGUCAUGUCGUGGCCGCUCGAGUCGUGCAGAUGAGAAACCAUGAGAAUCCUGGCACAUACUUUUGUGAUGGACAGUGCAGGGCCUGGGUUGUCAAGCCCCAGUCCUUCAUUGCGAUUUUGGCAUUGCACUCUUUUGGGGAGGACGAUUCAACCUUUUCGGCGACGCUGUCUGAUGAGUCGAUGAAACUGGUGGAAGACACAAAGUCUGCAUCAGACUGGUGGCCUGAUGAUGAAGAUUGGGGUGAUGAGUCUGGCAAGGGUGUUUCGGCAAAGAAACCCCACCAUCAGGGUCUAUUUCUUCGUGGCCAAAUCAGAAAACGUCGGGCAGCCAGAGCAAAGGCUAAGGCCAAGCAGGCACAGAACAAGAAAGAAAAGUUGAAACAGAGCAAACAGAGCAAAUCCAAAAAGAACAAGAAAAAAGAACAGAAGAGAAAACUCCAAAAACAAAAACCUCAGCAGACCGUAGAAGAAAGUGUGAAGAAUUAUCGACGGCAAGGAAUCGGGGUGCUGCUCGUCCAGCAGCAAAUGGAUAGAGCUCGGAGGCUUGACAAUGCCAAGUUCCCAGGAAAUUUGAUUUUCUCCAAUGAGAACGACAUUUGUCGCCUCAAGAUCGAGAAUUGCAAGGAUGUUUCAUGGUCGAAGGUUCGCGAGGCAGCUCACCCUUACCUCAAAGUUACGUACCUAUCUUUGAGCUCUCAGAAGUGGAGUGAGACAGUUUCGGGUCGGUUUUCUUCCAUCUUUUCUGCAUUGGAAAGCUCGCCACCGGACAGGAAGCGGUGGAUGCAGUUAGUGCGGGAAAUUUGCGACUUCAUAGCUUGCCUUCCAUCCGAGAAGUCAAAGGAUCCACCAAGCACCACAUGA